AUGCAAGCCAAACCGAUUCACAGCCCCUCACCUUACAUAGUUCCUCCUCUCCUAAGGCCUCCUCCUUUGCACCAAGCCUCCUUAAUAACCAAACCAAAACCAAUAUCCACACCCAUGCCGAAUACCGAUGUUUCGACACCCGGCCGGAUUCUACAACCGGUUCAACCAUUUAUUGACCACGAUGAUCCCAUAGCCGCAUCGUGGGACUACAAUUUCUUAUUCAUGUCACAACGAUCCGAGACGACUCAACCUAUCAGACUACGUGUCAUGGAGGGGGAAAUACCGGCUGAUUUUCCGUCUGGCGCGUACUAUUUAACCGGGCCGGGGAUUUUCAAAGACGACCAUGGCUCCACGGUGCACCCGCUAGACGGCCAUGGUUACCUAAGAGCAUUCACUUUCGAUAAUGCAAGUAAGGAAGUCAAAUACAUGGCUAAAUACAUUAAGACGGAAGCUCAAGUCGAGGAGUAUGAUCGAAGGACGAACUCGUGGAGGUUUACGCAUCGAGGACCGUUUUCUGUUUUGAAAGGUGGGAAGAAGAUUGGGAAUACUAAGGUUAUGAAAAAUGUUGCUAAUACUAGUGUAUUGAUGUGGGGGAAGAAACUCUUGUGCAUGUGGGAAGGUGGAAACCCGUAUGAGAUCGAAUCUAGUACGUUGGAUACGAUCGGGAAGUUCAACAUGACAGACGGUGGUGAUUUGGCGGAUCACGGUGAGAAUCACGGUGGUGAUAUUUGGGAGGUUGCCGCCAAGUUACUAAAACCUAUAUUGUAUGGGAUCUUUAAGAUGCCACCAAAGAGACUCUUGUCUCACUAUAAACUUGACUCUAGCAUGAAUAGAUUACUCACUGUGUCUUGCAAUGCUGAAGAUAUGUUACUUCCAAGAAGUAAUUUUACAUUUACAGAGUAUGACUCUAAUUUUAAAUUGGUAGAGAAACAAGAGUUCAAAAUUCCAGAUCACAUGAUGAUCCAUGAUUGGGCUUUCACAGAUACUCAUUACAUAGUAUUUGCCAAUCGCAUCAAACUUGAUGUAUUAGGUUCGUUGGAAGCGGUAUCUGGAGCAUCUCCAAUGAUUUCAGCAUUAACCGUAAAUCCAAGUAAAAGUACUUCACCAAUAUACUUGCUUCCUCGGUUUCCAAAUAAACCUGAAACCAAAAAAAGAGAUUGGAGAAUACCACUUGAAAUACCUUCACAAUUGUGGCUUCUUCAUGUUGGUAAUGCAUUUGAAGUUAAACAAACUCAUGGGAAUUUGGACAUUCAAAUUCUAGCUAGUGCUUGCUCUUAUCAAUGGUUCAACUUCCGCAAAUUAUUUGGAUAUAAGUGGCAAACAAAACACCUAGAUCCAUCAAUAAUGAAUGUAAAAGGUGAAAAUGCAUUGCCACACCUUGUUCAGGUUUCUAUAAAAUUAGAUUCAGAUUACAGUUGCCAAGAAUGUGACGUGAAACCAAUACAGAAAUGGAAGAAAUCCGCAGAUUUUCCAGCAAUAAAUCCCACAUUUUCUGGAAAACAAAACAAAUAUCUCUAUUCUGCAACAACAUUAGGAUCUCGAAAAUCAUUGCCGAGUUUUCCUUUUGAUACCGUUGUGAAAUUUGAUCUCGCGAAUAAUUCUGUACAAACAUGGACAGCGGGAAGUCGAAGAUUUGUUGGUGAACCAAUUUUUGUUCCCAAAGGUGAAGAUGAAGAUGAUGGUUACCUUCUUGUUGUUGAGUAUGCUACCUCAAUGCAGAGAUGUUGUCUUGUUAUUUUGAACCCAAAAGAGAUAGGAACAAAAAAGGCUCUUGUUGCAAGACUUGAAAUUCCAAUGCAUUUGAAUUUUCCUCUAGGCUUUCAUGGGUUUUGGGCAGCUAGUUAG